AUGCACUCUCAGAAUGGACAUUAUACAGUUCAAUCUGGGUAUAAGGCAUGGAUGAAGGCAAAGAAACUGGAGAGUGCAAGAAGGAGGGAAGGUGUUGGACCAAGCUAUGAAGGAACUAUCAGAAAAGUCUGGAAAACUCUGUGGCAGCAGAAGGUGAGCCAGAAAAUGAAAGUGUUUAUAUGGAAGUGUUUGCAUGGGGGGCUUCCCGUGAGAGGUGAAAUAUACAGAAGGACAAGACAAGGAGGCCCUAUGUGCAUGGGGUGUGGUGAGAAGGAAGAAACAAUAGAACACCUCCUGUUCCAAUGCAGCAGAGCAAAGGAAAUAUGGAAGUUAUCACCUGUACAAUGGGAUGGAGUACAACAUACAUCAGACUGUUUCAUUAAAUGGUGGUCUGCAAUCAUAGAAGCCCAACAAGAAAGAGGAGAGGUAGAUCAAGUGAAUCUAACUAUAAACAUUCUCUGGCAGAUCUGGAAAUCCAGGAACGAGAGAGAGUUUAAUCAAAAGGAAAGGGAACCCCACAAGAUAAUACAGAAAGCCAUGAAGGAAUGGAUGGAGUUUGAGGAGGCGAACAAAGGAAAACUGACAAGAGGAAACAUUCAGGGAACAGAAGCACAACAAUGUACUGAGCAACUGCAAAGUCAGAGAGAGAGCCAAACCAGCCUGAUGAUCAAAGUCCACUCUCACCAAGACGUUAGACAAAAAAUGGUUGGGAUUGGAAUCACAGCUUCUGACUUGUCAGGACGUCUUCAAGCAUGUUGGGCAAUGAGGGAAAGAAUGUCUGCAGAACCAAUGCAAGAUCAAGCUGGUGCGGUGAGACUUGCUUUACUAAAUGCGAUCAGCCAAGGUUGGAGGAACAUUAAAGUGGAGCUGGAAAGCAGAGAGUUAGUAGAGUGUAUAAAAAACACAAGGACCAGCAAUUAUUUGAUGGCUACUCUGAUAGAAGAUAUCCAGUACAUAUGUAAAAGUUUUCAAACAUGCUCUUUCUCUAAUGUUAAUUCUGGAUUUGUGGAAAGUAUCAAGUUGAGCAUGCAUGCUCUAAACAUCUUCAUAGAUGAAGCAUGGGUUAAUCCCAAUGCUAGGUGUUAG